UUAGAUCAGGCUAAGACCACUUCCAUUAGAUGCUCCGUUUUGGGAACCGAUCAGAUAUCGAUGCAGAUCAAAUGGCUUUUACCAGACGAAGCGAGGAUUUAUAAAAUAUUUAUUGAAGUGCACUAGGCGCUAAUCGACGGCGUCACGUUUCUGUUCCUGGCUCUGAACGCGAGCUGAGAGACGGAGACAUGGCUACUGGAGGCGCUCCUUUCGAUGACUGUGCAGAAGAUCUGCACAACUGGACCGUAACCAACGGCAGUCUGGAAGACAGACUCAACAACAUGGAUUGGGGUGUUCAGCAGAAGAAAGCCAACAGGUCAGCAGAGAAGAACAGGAAGAAGCUGUCGGCAGCAGUGGUGGAGAGCCGCCUGACUAAUGACAUUUCGCCAGAGUCGACCCCAGGGGCGGGUCGCAGGAGAGCGCGCACCCCUCAUUCCUUCCCCCAAAUCAAAUACAUGACCCAGAUGUCAGUCCCAGACCAGGCUGAGCUGGACAAGCUUCGUCAGAGAAUUAAUUUUACAGACCUGGAUGAGAGGAGCAUUGGCAGUGACUCCCAGGGACGAGUUACGGCCGCCAACAACCAGCGACAGUUAGCAGCAGAGAACAAGAAGCCCUACAACUUCCUACCUCUACAUGUGAACACUAACAAGAGCAAGGAGCUGCUCCCUCCCUCCUCCUCUGCCCCGACCACCCCUGCUAUCACCAAGGAAGCUAAGAAGCACAGCGCAGGAGUCAGGGAUGUGCUAACCCCUCUGAUUCCAACCAAGGAACCGUCGAGGCUCAGCCGUGGUGGCGCUGAGAGAGGGCCGUCAGUCCACAGAGAACGUGGGAGAGGAGAGCCAAGAAUAGACAGCAGCCAGGUGGUGAGCAAACUGGUGCAGAUCCGGGAGUACAUCAGUAAGGCAAGCUCCAUGCGGGAUGACCUGGUGGAAAAGAACGAUGUGCCAGCCAACGUGGAGCGCCUUUCUCAUCUCAUCGAACACCUCAAGGAGCAGGAAACGUCCUAUUUACGCUUCCUGCAGAAGAUGCUUGCACGGGAGAAUGAGGAGGAGGACGUGGGGACCCUGGACUCUGCGGUCGGCUCGGGUUCCCUGGCAGAGAGCACUUCUCUUAACACUGAGGGCGCUCGGCCAGAGGCUGUGCGUGCUGACCAGAGGGAAGAACUGGAGAAUCUGCGCAAGCAGCACGAACUGCUGAAGAAGAUGCUGGAGCAGCAGGAGCAGCUCCGAGCCCUGCAGGGCCGGCAGGAAGCACUAAUGGCCAUGCAGCACAGUGCUGAACAGGCGCUCGCUGUGAUCGAAGACACAGUUGUUACAGAAACCACGGGCAGUGUUUCUGGCCUGAGCAUCACAUCAGAACUGAAUGAUGAGUUAAAUGAACUGAUCCAGCGAUUCCACAACCAGCUACAUGACUCACAGACUAAAGCGGUGCCAGAUAACCGUCGUCAGGCCGAGAGUCUCUCUCUCUCCAGGGAGGUGUGCUGGACAAGAGGUUCUCAGGCUAUGGGUCCACCUCAGCACAGACCUCUCCUCCACUCCGCCUCUGGCCCACACACCGGUCUCGACACUGGUGGAGCGGCAGCCGCCACCGCCAAGCUCACGAAGCUCCAAGAACUCCAAGACAAAAAGCAAACCAUGGACAAAAUCCUGCAGGAGCUGCAUUCCCUCCGAGAUCAGACGCUCAAUAAUAACUCCAGUCAGGGCCGUGGCUUGUCCGUGCAGUGCAGUCUGAGUGCCGGAGGCUCAUCUGAUUGUCCCUCAACGUUUUGCUCUAACGGCGCCUCAGCUUCGACUUCCUUUCAUCCAUUGCUCACACAGCAACAGGAAGGCACUCAUUCUGCAGACAAACUCAGAAAACUGAAGGAGGUGCACAAGCGUCUCAAUGAGCUGCGGGAACUGGUUCAGUACUACGAACAGACCUCUGACAUGAUGGUGGAUGCCGUCAAUGAGAACGUGAAAGAGGAUGACGAUGAGGAGGAAGAGGAGACCGAGGAUGGUUCGAUGUUUGAGGCCAUGUUUGACUCUGAGCAGGAGAGCCGCCAGCCUGUGACGAACCUCAGAAACCCACAGCGCGGCGGGAACUGGUCUGACUUGAACAGUCUGACCAACGGCCGCGGCCUCAGGAGCAGCAGCACUAACAACCGGGACGGCCGGCUCAACACGGAGUGUGAGAUCAACAAUCGGUCCGCCGCCAACCUCCGCAGCCUCAACAUCCCCUCAGCCAUAGAGUGUCAGUACAACCGAGACGUCCCCCGUAAUGAGGGGAAGCACGAGGACGACGAGGAGGACGACGGUCUGGAUAACGAUGAAGGGGCGCAGGCUGCGGCUCCAGACAGCGAGGCGUCCGAGUCCAGCCGGAGGAGCAGCCUGGGGAAUGACGCAGCGCUGGCUCAGAAGAUCCACCGCCAAACGGCCAAGCAGAAACUGCGGCAGCUGCAGGAGCUGGUCGCCAUGGUUCAGAGUGAUGACACUGAUGGAACAACAGCCAAUGAGGAUGAAGCUUUACACCAACAGCCAAACAACACCAGAGUGCCUGUACAAGGGGCAGCAUGCAAACAGUGUCCCGGCGACCUCACCCUCUCCGUCAAGGCCAAGGAGAAAUUAUUUGAGAAGCUUUGUCAGCAGAAGCAGGAGUUGAAGCUGCUCCACGAGGAGCGCCAAAGGCUCAUAGAAAUCCAAGGCAAGAUCCAGGACCUGCAGUGGGCUUGCCCCGACCUUCAGUCGUCGGUGUCCAGCUCGGCGAGUCAGGAGGGGUUGCUGAGGAAGGUUCCGUUUGCAGCCUCCACUCCUGCCCCUGUUCAGCCUCCUCCGUCCUCGGGACCGAAAUCCAACUCAACCGCGCUGAAAGCCACAGCUGCAGAAGCAGCUACAUCUGCCGUCACUGACAAUGAGCAGCUCUGGUCAGAAAUGCGUCGCCAUCAGAUACUGAGAGAAGAACUUCGGCAGCGCAGGAAGCAUUUGGAGUCCCUGAUGGCCGAGCACCAGCGGCGCAGUGGUCUGGAUGACUUUCCCUGCAGGAUGGAAGACCAAGAGGACCUGGCUACACCCUCACAAACUGUCUCAUCCAGAACCAUGGCCACCUGGGGAUCUAUUCCACACCACCAUAAUGACGGCGAUGAUGAUGAUGAGGACGAUGAUGAGGACGAGUAUCGCUCAGAGAUUUGUGCAGAGGACGAAGAGGAGCAGGAAGAAUGUACAGAGAGCAGCUCUGAUGACGGCGCCCACGGCUUCUCGCCAAACAGGAACCAGUGCUCUUACAGCAACAGGAAGAAUCAAGGAAGUAAUCUGAAGCCCCCAGCAGCCUUCUCAGGUGAGCGCACCGAGCAUCUUCACAACAAGACGAAGGCCAAGCAGCAGCCGUCCAGCCAGCACAGAGCCACGCGGCGCCAGGAGAACCUGCGCUGGGCCUCUGAGCUUUCCUUUGCUGAGGGUUCAAGCAACUGGCAGGAACAGGUCGGCCAUCUCCAGAGACAGCUGGACUUCAGCACCAACAUGUGUCAGACGCUGAUGCAGGAUCAGCAGUCGCUGUCAUACAUGCUGCAGACUCUGCUAACGGGCCAAUACAGUGUUUUACCCAACAACCUGUCCUCACCACAAGUCCACCUGGUCAUGCACCAGCUCAACCAGUGCUACACCCAACUGGCCUGGCAGCAGAACAACGUGCAGAGAUUAAAACAGGUCCUGAACGACCUUCUUCGCCAGCAGCAGCAGCAGCAGCCGCCGUCCUCCUCCUCAGCAGCCGGUUGGCAAACACAGAAGAAGAGCUCACCCCGAGAGAACAGUCUGAACCCCUCAGCCUCGCCGAGUGCCUACCUCCCCUUCUCCUCAACGCUUCUUCCCUCAGCCAACAACAACAUGUCAGCUUCUGCCUUAUCCCCAUUCCCUCCAAGUUUUAACCUGCACCCACUGUUCCCUGCUGCUCCGGGUGGGCUUUCCCAAGGUGCAGUGGGUCAGACGACUCCGGAGCAUCACAAGCAGCAGUUCGACCCCAACACUUCAGUGAAAUCAGAGUACAUGAGUUUUCCUCCUCCACUGCAGCGCUCCCCUCUGAACACAACCACAGAGAGAAGACCUGCCGGUUGGCUGAAUACCUCCCACACCAAUAAUACCGUCCGCCAUCACCCGUCUAAAACGGAGCCGCAGGAGUCUCCGUUCUCCUCCCCCAUUUUUGCCAACCGCCUCUCUAGACAUCAGGACUUUGACAAGGCAUCGCAGGAAAGCUUAAGCAGCAUGCCCGAUCCUGUCGAUCCCACCACGAUCACAAAGACCUUCAAAGCCGGGCGCAAGGCCUCCGCUCAGGCCAACCUGGCCUCCAGAAGCAAGACUCCCAAGAGCCGCCGAAGGAGGAACCGAGGACACGGCAAGAACAGUGAAGGUCAGGAGAGUGACAGCGCCAGCAGCACUGCAGGCUUCGUCCAGGAGAGGGCAGCGCCGUCUCACCACAAGGAUCAGAACCAGAGUCUGCUGGACAAACUCACUCAAGAAAAGCUGGACAGCAAGACUAAGCUCGGGAACAAAAGGAACGACCUCUCCUCUGCCUAUGCUUGGAGAACACCCUUCCUCUCUAACAGAAUUGCAUGCACAGAAGCACCAGACGCCAGCAGUGACUUCUCGCUGUUCGAAGCGCUGAGGGAGACCAUUUACUCUGAAGUGGCGACCCUGAUCUCCCAGAAUGAGUCCAGACCCCACUUCCUCAUCGAGCUCUUCCAUGAGCUGCAGCUGCUCAAUACAGACUACUUACGCCAGAGGGCGCUGUAUUCACUCCAGGACAUCGUAACCCGGCACCUGGCGGAGAAGAGCGCGGCUGAAGACCAGCUGCCCCGCCUGGGCCCGGUGGUGUGGACGGCCGGCUCUCAGUCUGAACUGACACCCAGCGAGAGCCUGACCACCAGUGAUGCAGAGGUGGUGGAGAAGAACCUGAGGUUCACACAGGACCUGAUGAAGAAGAGAGACGAUGCUGAAUCUGUGGAAAACGGCAGCACCAUGUCCACCUCCUCCAACUUGGAGCCUUUUGCCAACGAUGACCUGGGCAACACGGUGAUUCAUUUAGACAAAGCUCUGGCCAGGAUUAGGGAAUAUGAGCGCAUGAAGCUCAAGGCUGAGUUUAACCCCUGCAAUGCCAGCUCUGCGGGCGCAAGCAGCUCUGAAGUCUCACGCGCUCGGCAUCCUUCUGCUAACUUUGCUGAACCAGUGGAAGCAGGAGCAACAGCAGGUGACGCUCACUGUCCUCAGAUCGACACGCAGCAGCUGGACCGCCAGAUCAAAGCCAUCAUGACGGAGGUCAUUCCCUUCCUGAAGGAGAACAUGGACGAGGUGUGUUCCCUCCAGCUGCUGACGUCUGUGCGGCGCAUGGUCCUCACUCUGACCCAGCAAAACGACGAGAGCAAAGAGUUUGUGCGCUUUUUCCACAGGCAGCUGGGAGGCAUUCUGCAGGACUCGCUCAGUAAAUUUGUGGGCCGCACGCUGAAGGACUGCGGGGAGGACCUUCUGGUGGAGAUUUCAGAGAUACUGUUCAACGAGCUGGCCUUCUUCAGGCUCAUGCAGGAUUUGGACAACAACAGCAGCAUUGCUUUGGCAGCUAAACACAAAAAUAAGAGGCUGGCGGAACAGUCCAGCAAAGCUAAACUCAGUGUGAAGGAAAAGGCAGUUUAUGGUGAUAAAUCAAGUUCUUCAGUCUACACUGACGAAGACAAGGACCGCGAUGAAGCCGAGCGGGUGGGCGGCCCCACUGUCCAGGAGCUUUACCUGCAGACCGAGAAGAACAACAACAAGAGCAGCGAAGCCUCGGAGGCUGAAGACGAGGCUGGAGAAAGACGGGACGCCCCUCUGUCCAUCAGUCUCUCUAAAGCCGAGACGCAGGCGCUGACGAACUACGGCAGUGGCGAGGAUGAGAACGACGAGGAGGAGAUGGAGGAGUUUGAAGCCGGACCGGUAGACGUCCAAACGUCACUGCAAGCUUCUGCUGACGGACAGAGAGAGCAGGAGGCAGCAGCCGCCGCCGGAGCCCAGGAGAUCAACGCCGAGCCGAAGAACUCCGAGAGUGCCGGCGGAGGCAGCAAACUGGUCAGGAGAGUGAACCAGGAAAACACCAGUGUGGAGCACCGGAGCCUUGAGAGGGAGGAAGAAAAAGAAAAGGAGGAGGAGGAGAGUACAGUGGAGGCAGCAGCAGCAGCCUCCGUCUCCCCUGAUCAGGAUGCUUCCAAAGAGCCCCGAGCCUCCAGCAGCCCAGACACCGACUCUCCCGUCAUGAUCAGCGCUGAUGAGGUGGGAUCAGGAAACACCAGCCAGAAGUCUGACGAAGACGACUUCGUCAAAGUGGAAGAUCUGCCUCUCCAGCUCACAGUCAUGUGUGAGGAGGAGCUUCAGAAGCGAAUUGUGGAGGAGCAGCAGAAUAACAACCUGUCUGUAGAGAUCCUCAACGGCAACACGGAGCUGCUGACGGGGCUUGUGGGAAACGCUCAGGCUCUGAAGGAACCAGAUACUGCUGGUGCCCAGGAUGUGUAAGGAUGUGUCUGAAAUCUGCUGCUGUUAACAACACUGUAUACACACACACACACGCGCGAUCUCUUGUAGAUGUUUGAUUGUUCACAGUUCAGUUUGUUAGUUUAAAGUUUGUUUUUUAAUUAGUCACAUCUCUGUGUGACUCUGUUACUCAACCGUUCAAACUUUGACACAUAAUCAAGUUUGAGUUCACUUCAAAUCCUGAAUGUUUAAUGUGAUUUAUUGAUAAUCUGUGGAUGGAUUAUCUCCAUCUCCAUGCUGCUUAUCACCAUCAGUUAAGCUUCUGUUUGAAUCUUUCUGGUACUGAAACUUCCCUCCUGCUUCUGUCUCCUCCUUGGUUCUGGGAUCAUUUUUUUUAAAUGAAUUGUUUUGAUUUCCUCGGCACGUCUCGCUGUGCUCUCGUUUCUGAUUCUAAAGAGAUUACGUAGGAUUAAAGUUCAGCUGCAUCUUGUUUCCUCAGCUCCUAGUUCAGAUCUUCUUUUUGUCUCUUUAGAAAUAACUUUAUAUACUGUUUAGUUGUUUAAUGGUUAGAAUUCAAUGUAAUUAAAAUGUUGACGACACUGAUAGGCUUUAAAUAAAAUCUGAUUUCAAAUACUCUAAUAAAGCUUUGGGGAC